GCCCUGUCGCUUUGUCGGUUCAAGGCUGCUGAAAUCCUACAUGAUGUAUUAAUUGAGCAGAUUGUUAUGAUUCUAUAUUCUUAUUAUGGACUUCUUUCAGUCAGUGUGCUUUGCGUGACUUGUAAGACUUGACGCGAUCUAUAAAGACCGGUGGCGGUGAUAGAAGCCGGCGGCAAGCGUCACUUUUUACUUCUUUUGAUCUGGUCUACUAUGAUGGCUUUCCGCGAAGCAGCUAUGUCUUGCUCGACCAAUGGAUAUAUGUGCGUACGCACAAUGCAAAACCAGGCUGCCAUGACAGCCACUCGCUCAAGGUUGCUGCGCAGGUCGUGCGCCUUGAUUCAGCAUAUGACGCUGAAUGGCUCAAUAAACAGGCCGUACUCUGCUCUGAAUAGUAGUAGCUGCUCUCCACGUUCCAGCUCGAGCAAAAAUGAGAAAGACAUUCUACAGAGCCUACCUGGAACAAGGCAUGUCUCUUCCAGGAUCGACAGUCGGUCCUGCGAACUUAAACCCCGGCCUUCACAGGCCAGCGACACUACACUUUGCAAUCAGACUUCUCCAUACACAUGUCGCCAAAAUGCCGCCCCUCAUAGCCACAGACAUAUAACCUAUCCAUUUCCAGCACAAGAAAGAUGCUAUAGCUCGAAUACCGUCCCGCGACCAAUGAUUGAGCAUAUAAUCGACAGUAAAGACGUCGGAGAACUCCAGACACCAGAAUCGCCAGUAUUACUAGCCAAGUCAGAAACACUGAGUGCAAGCAACAAUGACAUAGAUGAGUCGGCCUCAGAAAACCACCCAGCAGGAGAAUCAAAACCAGUCCUCACACCCGCCGAGGAUCCCCCAACACCCAAGUUCUGGAGCCACACCAUGCUCAAAAGCCCCGAAGGCAAAAACAUCAUCGUCCAUUACUGCAAAACACUCAAAAGCAGCGAAGACGUCGCGCAACUCUUCCUAAACGACAAGAUCCUCGGCUUCGACAUGGAAUGGAAAGCGCAGGCCUCCGCCUGGAACAGCAUCCAAGACAACGUAUCCCUGAUCCAAGUCGCAAACAGGGAGCGAAUCGCUCUCUUCCACGUCGCGCUCUUUAGACCAGGCAGAAAACUCAGCGACCUCGUCCCUCCAUCUCUCAAACAAAUCAUCGAAUCUCCAGACAUCACGAAGCUCGGAGUAUCAAUCAAAGCAGACUGCACACGUCUCCGCAAGUACCUUAAGAUCGAUGCGCACGGGAUCUUCGAGCUUAGCCAUCUCCAUAAACUGGUCAAAUACUGUCAGAUUAACCCGAAACUGAUUAACAAACGACCUGUCAAUCUCAGUGAGCAGGUGGAGGAGCACCUGGGGCUUCCGUUGGAGAAAGCGGAAGAUGUGAGGUGCAGUGAUUGGACGGUCUCUUUGAGUUAUCGUCAGGUGCAAUAUGCUGCAUCCGAUUCGUAUGCUUGUAUCUGCUUGUUUGAUACUAUGGAUGCGAAGCGGAAAGCCCUCGAUCCUCGACCACCUUUACCUGCUCAUGCGGAUCUGGAUCUGCCUAUUCGUAUUGUGCAGGAGCCGACUGUGACGACGGUCCCUGAUGAUGUUGUAGUGGUUAAGCCUUAGUGGCUUGCUCGAGACAGAGUAACGGUACAGUGGUUGCCACAGCAUAUGCAUACUCCCGCGAUGAAACAGGUCAGUUGCUUCCUGGUUUAAACAUAGAGCAACGUGAUAUAUCCUCUGUGGCUGUGAUGACCAGAUUUCAGGGCCAUAGACGUUGAAUAUCGGAUCUAUAUAGAUCUCAGAACUAGAACAUGAAA